AACUUUCAAAUUUGAGUGUUUUGCAGGCAAUUAAGCAGAAGAAAUUGUUCAUUCUGGAUUACCAUGAUGUUUUAUUACCAUACGUGAAGAAAAUAAGAGAUCUUGGAGGAAGAACACUGUAUGGAUCCCGAACGAUAUUUUUCUUAAACCCAGAUGAGACUUUGAGGCCGCUGGCAAUCGAGCUGACUCGGCCGCCAAUGGACGGAAAGCCGCAAUGGAAGGAAGUCUACACCCCCACUUGGCAUUCCACUGGCGUUUGGCUCUGGAGGCUCGCCAAAGCUCAUGUCAUCUCCCAUGAAGCCGUCCAUCAGCAGCUCGUCAGUCACUGGUUAAGAACUCACUGUGCCACGGAACCUUACAUAAUUGCAACCAAUCGGCAACUCAGUGCAAUGCAUCCAAUUUACCGAUUGCUGCAUCCCCAUUUCCGGUUCACAAUGGAGGCUAACGCCUCGGCUCGAGGAGCUGGAGCUGUAGUCGGUGCCGAUGGGGUCAUGGAGAACUCCUAUGCCCCGGGAAAGUAUUACAUGGAGCUUGGCGCAGCUUUCUACGACCAGCAAUGGCGAUUUGACUGUGAAGGACUUCCGGCUGACUUGAUAAGGAGGGGAUUGGCUGUUGAAGAUCCCUCUGCUCCUCAUGGCCUGAGACUUGCAAUCAAAGACUACCCUUAUGCCAACGACGGUCUCCUCCUCUGGGACGCCCUCAAACAAUGGAUUUCCGACUACGUUAAUCAUUAUUAUCCGAGUUCGAGGGCUGUUGAGUCUGAUCAAGAGCUUCAGGCAUGGUGGACAGAAAUCCGAACAGUUGGCCAUGGUGACAAGAAAGACGAGCCAUGGUGGCCUGUCCUGAAAACCCCACAAGAUUUGAUUUUCAUCAUCUCAACUAUAGCUUGGGUAGCCUCCGGUCACCAUGCCGCCGUUAACUAUGGACUUUAUGAUCUAGGCGGGUAUUUCCCUGGUUGGCCUACGACUGCCAGGACCACAAUGCCAACCGAGGAGCCAUCUGAAGAAAUAUGGAAACUCUUCCUGGAAAACCCAGAACAGGCGCUUCUUCAAUGCUUCCCUUCUCAAAUUCAAGCCAUUAUAGCAAUGGCUGCAUGGGACAUAUUGUCAUAUCAUUCUGCAGAUGAGGAGUACCUGGGAGAAAAGAUGGAGCCAGCAUGGGGUGAAGAUCUAGCCAUAAAGGCAGCAUUCGAGAAAUUUAAUGCAAAGUUAAAGGAAAAUGAAGUGAUUAUAGAUGGAAGGAAUGCAGAUGGGAACUUGAGGAACAGAAAUGGAGCUGGUACUGUACCGUAUGAGCUUUUGAAGCCAUUUUCUGAGCCUGGAGUUACAGGGAAGGGAGUCCCAUAUAGUAUUGCAGUUUGAGGUCAAUUGAUCAACUUUGUAACUUUGAAGCAAAUAAUUCAUAAAUGCAUCAAUUACAG